AUGUCUGUACCUCAAAAUCAAGCUGCAUGGCUCGUCAAAGCCGGCUUUCCCCUAGAGAUCGGAGAUGCCCCAUUGCCCACAGCUGGCCCAGGUGAGCUGGUCAUUAAGAAUGCUGCCAUCGCCAUCAACCCUCUCGACUGCCACAUGCAAGACUCUGGUGUCUUUAUUCAGCAAUGGCCUGCCAUUUUAGGCUGCGAUGUCGCCGGUGAGGUGUAUGAAGUAGGAAAAGAUGUGGAAAGGUUUAAGGGAGGAGAUCGUGUUAUUGGGCAUGCCAUCAGUUUGACUAGUGGUCUCCCUCAGGAUGGCGCGUUCGCUUUGUAUACGGUGAUUCCUGCAGAUAAAGCGGCCAUACUGCCCAAUGAAAUCUCCUUCACGAAUGGCGUCAUCGUGCCGUUCGCGUUGGAGGCGGCCGUUUGCGCACUUUCCCUCAAGGAACCCGGUGUCGCCAUGCCCGGUGUUGCUACACCAGCCCUGGGCCUUCCAUACCCCUCGUUGGAGGGUGUGCCGUCUACAGGCAGGACACUUGUCGUAUAUGGUGGCUCAUCUUCUGUCGGCUCGAUGACGAUCCAGAUUGCCACGGCAGCCGGUGUCCAUGUUAUCGCUAUCUCUGGUGCGCACAAUUUUGACUUCAGCAAACGAUGCGGAGCAGCUCGAGUCUUCGAUCACAAGGAUGCUUUACUUGCGGGAAAGGUCAUCGAAGCAGUUCGAGAUAAAAGCAGUGAGUUUAUUGGCAUCUUCGAUGCCAUAGCUACCCCCGAGACUUAUGCCAAUGACAUCACAAUUCUUGGGCAGCUGGGUGGAGGGCAUCUAGCUUGUGUGCACCCUCCUCCUCCCAGUACUGAUCUCCCUGCAAAUGUUAGCGCUGGUAUGAUCUUCGCUGUCAACGAUGUUGUGAAGCCUGUCUGGAAAGACUAUGUCACGCCUGCGUUGCAAUAUGGGAAGCUCCAGUGCGUCCCACGCCCGUUCGUCGUUGGCAAAGGGUUGGAGCAUAUUCAAUCUGCAUUGGAUAAAAUCAAGGCGGGAGUCAGUGCCACGAAGCUGGUGGUCGAACUGUAG